AUGGCGUCAAAUUUUGCGUACGAGUCUCUUCACUCCACACCAGAUGUCAUACGGCUUCUGGAGGUCGAUCUCAGUGGCUCUAACCAGCAUAAACUUGUACGCCAAGCCAAUAUGCGAUCGACAAAAUACCUCGCAUUAUCGUACACGUGGGGGACGAGUUCAAAUCAAGUUAAUACUUCGCUCAACUUCCAGCAAUUCUUGAUCAAUACCAAUCUAUCCAAAGCCCUGGAGUCCGUUAGACAGCACUGGAUUCGCCAUUAUCCUCGACGGGAUGUUCUCCUUCUUUGGGUUGACCAAAUUUGCAUAAAUCAAAAAGAUGAGGUCGAAAAGGGUCAUCAAGUAUCCAUGAUGGGAGACAUUUACCGCUGUGCACACCAGACUCUUGUUUGGCUGCCUGUUCCAGCCUCUGUUGCAGGAGGAUUCCAAGACUGGCAAACUUGGAGGAGCUGGCACCAGAACCAGCUCACAACCUCGCAAGCGAUUGUGACUCAAGGCCCUGUAGCACAGACAGAGAUGGCGUACGGUCUGGAUGCAGAUUAUCCUGUAGGCAGCGACUCGGAUAGCCGUGAUAGAGAGCUCAUGAUGGCGUGGAACCACAUCCACGAUAUUAUUGCAAGUCCUUGGUGGGAGAGGGCUUGGAUUUAUCAAGAAAUCAUGGGUCCUGACCACGCCACAUUCUUGAUCGGUCACGUUUCAGCGCCGUGGGAGGAGUUGUAUAAAUUACUCCAAUUGUUCUUCAGCCAGAGACACCGGCAUGGUGAUUUCUGUGCUAGGCUGGUGCGAACGCUACGGUCGCAGGGAAGCGGUUGCAUGAUACGCUUGCCCAAUUGCUGUGGCAGUUGCCUGGAUGAGUGUCGAAUGUGUACUGGAGAGUCCAGAGAUGCAGCGUCCCGGAGUGGGAGUGACUGGGAUGGCUUCGCCCCCGAGAUAUGGCGCGCAGUUGCCAGAAGACAUAGUGAAAGGCUCCUCGAAGCUGAGGCGCUCUGGAAGCCCACCAACUUUGUUUUACAGAGCAAAAAGGAACUGCAAGAGAGAAAGAAGUCGGUACCUGUACCGUAUCUAUCCCUACUGCAACUAAUGGGGCAUUCUCGCAACUGUAAAGCAUCCGUGCCGCUUGAUAAGGUUUAUGCUUUUCUUGGUUUGGCCGAGCCAGGGCAUGGCAUCCAGGUAGAUUACUCCAAAACCGCCAACUCGGUCCUUGCAGAAGUCGCCCGUGCAAUAAUUCUGAAGCAAGAGCGUCUUGAUAUUCUGGAAAUAGCGAUGCAAAAUGACAGGUCGAGAGUCCAAUCCCCCACGGAUCAACUACCAUCGUGGGUACCCGACUGGUCUGUCAAAGACGAUGCAGACACCGAGUACAAGACUUUUCUUGAAGACAUCCGUUAUGAUUCUAUGAACUAUUCUCUUGGUGCCAGUCGAGCAUCGCAAAUCAGAAAGGCCGUUGCUUCCUUUCAUGCAGACAGCUAUGGCAGGCCACAUCGCAUCCUUCGAGCUCGUGGUAUUCUCGCAGAUUGUCUGAUGCGUGCGAAACCCAAUGCGACCACUUCAUCUUUUUCACACUUUGUCGGAGAAAGUGGAGCGGAAAUUAAAACCAUAUUAAACGCGCGUAUUGGAGAUGAGGUGUGGGUGCUUCUUGGUUGCAACGACCCAUUCACUCUCAGAAAAGAUGGAGGGCUGUAUACUAUACUCGGCCAUGCUAUGGUUUUGGAACGUAAUCCUAUGUUUGAAGACGUCUUGUCGGGCACUCUUAACGAAAGAGUGCAAGCUGCCAGGGAAGCCCAGCAUAUUCGAGAUGGGGGCUUAAUAGAGCGACUAGAGAGAGGCGAGGCGGCAACCACAGAUAUCAUGAUUUCCUAG